UAAACUAAAAAAGUUAGUAGUUAUAAGCACCAAAGUUGAUCAACCUUACUCUCUUUUUUUUUCCCCCUUUUUUUUUGGAAUUAACAUCAAUUAUUUGGAAUUGGGUUAUUCAUUGGAGUUCAAAAUCAAUAAACUUCCAAUUCAAACAAUGUUGGAUGAAAGCAAGUUCGAUGUGAAUUUCAAAUUGUUAGCACUUCGAAUCCCUCGCGAACUCUGCAAAACCGCCACUCGUUUGCUCAAUGGAUACUUGCUGGACAAGCCUCGUGUUAAACCUAUAACUGAAGAUCCCACAAGUGAGAAGACCCGUUACAUGAUUUUGUCUGAGAAAGUUCAAAAUCCUGAUUUAUCUGAUAUUCCGAGUCAAAAACUUGAUGAACUCAAGAAAUUAUGUGAAAUUGAAGUUGUUCCAUAUUCAUUGACACUCGGAUAUUCCUACUGGACUGCUGAUCAUAUAUUGAAGCAAAUUCUGCCACUUGGGGUGGAGGUACCUUCAUCUUUCGAAACAAUAGGUCAUGUAGCCCAUCUGAAUAUACAUGAUGAAUUACUUCGUUUCAAAGAUGUGAUUGCAAAAGUCAUUUACGAUAAAAAUUACCCAAGAAUUAAAACAGUAGUCAAUAAAGUUGGAACGAUUACAAAUGAGUUUCGAGUGCCAAAAUUUGAAAUUUUGGCAGGUGAAAGUGAUAUGGUUACCGAAGUGAAGCAAUAUGGGGCAACAUUCAAGCUAGAUUACAGCUUGGUUUAUUGGAAUUCAAGAUUGGAACAUGAACACAUACGGCUUGUGUCCCAGUUCUGUCCAGGGGAGACAAUUUGUGACAUGUUUGCUGGUAUUGGACCAUUUGCUAUUCCAGCAGCACAGAAAGGAUGCUUAGUGUAUGCAAAUGAUUUAAAUCCAGACAGCAUUCACUAUUUGAAGAUCAAUGCCAAAAUUAAUAAGGUUGAUGAUUGUGUUGUUGCAUACAAUAUGGAUGCUAGGAAAUUCAUUUCCCAUUUGAUGGCAAAACCCAUUUGUGCAAUUGAUUUAGAAUCUGAUAAUUCCAUGGUCAAAGCUCAUGACACGUGCAGCACAAAAGCCAUUGAUGAUGCAAAAGCAGAAGGCACAGAGUUUGGUGUUUGGGAGAAAGCAGUAGCUGGUAAUGAUGUCAAAAGUGAAGCAGAGGAUGUGCAAAAUUCUACUAGGACCAUAGAUGGUUCUGUAGUUGCAGGUAAAAGACCUCCAGAUUGUUUCACAGAAGAGAGUGGAAAUGCCCACAGUGGUACUAAGAAAAAAGGAAAUGCACAUAAGAGGAUGAAAGGCUCUAUUCUGCAAGCUAAGCCCUGGGAGCAUGUUGAUCAUGUGAUUAUGAAUCUUCCUGCUUCUGCUUUACAAUUUUUAGAUGCUUUUAGAGCUAUUAUCUCAAGGAAGAACUGGAGAGGGCCUCUUCCAUUGGUUCACUGCUAUUGCUUCAUACGAGCAAAUGAAACUCAAGAAUUUAUAACAUCAGAGGCAGAGUCCGCCUUAAAUGCCAAAAUAAAGGACCCAGUGUUUCAUAAGGUUAGGGACGUCGCUCCUAACAAGGCAAUGUUUUGCUUAAGCUUUAGGCUGCCAGAAGCAUGCUUUAUUGAAGAUGUCGCUAACUCGACCUGUCAUAAUACAGGUGGAUUAUGAGUUAUGAUCUCAAAAAGUAUCCAAUUUUCUUCUAGCUCUUCAACUCUUGUAACUUGUAAGAAGGCAUGCAAAAAUGAAAUAUUAGUAUUAGCUUUAGCUUUACCACUAGGGGAGAAAACUCUUUCAUGAAAAUUUCACCAUUUUCCCCCUAACAAAACAGGUUGCAGCUUAGGGAUAAACAAAAGGUCUAUGGAUGUUAAAAGAUUCAGAUAAAUAUCAUUGUUAGAUGCCAUUUGCAUGAA